AUGAUUUCUGCUGUUCAGGGCUUCGCAAGCAGAAACCGCCGUAGUCUGAUGAUUACUGCCGGAAUCACUGGUGGUAUCUAUCUCAUGGGCAAGUAUGCCAAGAGUAAGCUCAUCGAAUUCCAUGAGAAGAGUGCUUCAGAACGAACUGCUAAUGAAAACAUGAAGCGUCGGUUCCAACAAAAUCAACAGGACUGUGUCUUCACCGUGCUUUCCCUCCUUCCGAUUUUAGGUGAUCAGCUUUUGCAUGAACUCAAUGUAGAAUUGAUUGCUUCCAGGCUACAACAAUCCAGAUCUCAGCGAUCGAUGCCCUUAUCCACUUCCAAUAAUAUGCCCUUACUACCCAGGCCACCAAAUAAUAGUGAAGAAGAUACUAGAGCCGUAACAGCAAUGCCAGGACCAUUUAUAGCCGAUGGUUCCGAUCAAAACUCCCAAGAUGUUAAAGACAAAGAACAAAACGAUGCCGCUGAAAGGGCGGAGACUGAUGCACGCAACAUAGCAACAACUAGCGGGGUCACUCCUGACGACAACAGGACACCAUCAGAGGCGGGCGAUGGCCUUACACAGGAGAACACCAUAGCCAGUGAAUCUAUGCCAGGAAUUAAUAUCCAGGAUCGUGAACAAGACGACAAUUCCGCCGCUAUCGAACGCCGUGCGAAGCGAGAACUCUGGAAUGAACUUAAAGUUAUGAGCUUCACACGUACAAUCACCGCAUUAUAUUCAGUCACAUUCCUAACAUUGCUUACGCAAGUUCAGCUCAACCUCCUGGGUAGAUUCACUUAUGUAUCUUCCGUAGUGGCGCUCUCUGGUACGACAGAUCAGUCGUACAGGGUCGAGACCCCAUCUACCAAGGGCUCCUUGACUUCAACCAAUGGACUCUUGGAUUUUCAAACAGAAAAGAAAUAUCUCACAUUCAGCUAUUGGCUAUUGCACGAAGGCUGGCGGCGAUGGAGUGAGAGGGUCCGUGAAGUUGUUGAGGACGUUAUUGGAGGUAUCUCCCUAAAGAAAACCUUCACGGCCAAAGAGUUCACUGAUCUGUUUGAAGAGAUUCGCACUCGACUUGAAUAUGUAGACAUGAACGGCAUGCGUACAUUUGUCAAUAUGCGUGAAUAUAUACUGCCAGAUAACGCAAGAGAAGAGCGUGAAGCUUUAAAAGCAGGGGGUGUUGAUCUGUUUGAUCUUAUCAUUGACUCUACACUUCGCAAUUUACUUGACGAGACAAGGGACUUUAUUGACAGUCAGGAUUUUACAACUGUCCUCAAAGCCUCAUUAGCGAGUAUUUUUGCACGUUUCAACUUUGCGCUACAGCCGACAUUUAAUCCUUCUCUCCUCUCAAUGCCCGCCGAUGCCGGUGCUGGGAAUGCUCCUUUACCUAUCCCAGAGACUCAGGGAGAUGCUAUACCUCUGGCAUCUUUACUUUCAGUAGUGACGAGACAAGUGCACCUGAUCAUCAAUGGAGUUCCAAACGAGUAUGUCGAAAGUCUCUCGAUGGUCAAGGAGCUACAAGCGUUCUCAGCCAUAAUCUAUUCUUCGUUUAAUGAGGAGCUUGUCAAUAACCAGUAGC